CCCUGGCCCCAAGUGAUAAUGCGUUAGGUCUAAAAUGAUUCGAAACAGCCUGGUAACACUAAAGUUACCUCUGCCGCGAAACUCCACGUGAACAUGUUUUUGGCAGUGUGUGGAUCACAAACUUAUGAGUGAAAUUGAACUUGAUUCGCAGUUCAUUGUCGAAUUGUUGGGAAUUUAAUUCGUUCCCAAAGUGCGCGGAGUUGAAAGUUGGCUGGAAUAGCUUGAAUUUCGAAACUGUGUUUGUGUUGGUGCUGCAGACGCGGCGCUCAACAUGUGAGGUUAAAGCAGACGGACAAACAGACGGCGGCAACAAAACUAAAAACAAUUGUGAUUGUCGCCCAAUACCACGAGAACUGAUCCAGUGCAGAGCACCAUAUACGAAUUAGAAAGGUUUAAAAUCAAGAAGAAGGGAGAAGAAAUGGAUUCCCAACUGCUCAACGUGUUUCAUGAGGAUCCUUUCGAGGGAAACUUCGUCAAGUACGAGGCAGAGCCUAAUUUUUGGUCCCCCAACGAUGAUUUGCAGCUGACGGACACCCUCAAUGGCAUUCUGCCCAUCGCCCCCACAGACGAGUCACUGCUCAAUCACAACAGAGAGGAGGAUCUGCAGAACAGAAAGAACUUGCUGAUGUACAGUGAAUUCGUGGGACAGCAGCUUGGCGACCAGGAUGACAGCCAGCUCAGUGCCCAGGUCUAUCAGGCCAUGAACGCCAGCGAUGUCGAGCUCUACGACCAGCAGCGUCAACUGAGCGCCAUUGUGGAAUACGAUGACAUGGAAUCGGGCAAUCUGUCGGAGGAAGAGGAUGUCCAGAGCCAGUGCAGCGUCUCGACGUUUAGGACCCGAACCGACAGCUCUUCGAUUGGGGACUACGAGUCGCAUUCCAGCGACUACGAUGACGAAGAGAACGAGGAUGAGAAUGAGAAUGAGGACGGCAAGGUUGCUCCAUUGGAGAGCUUCAACGACCGCAAGAACAGAACUCUGAGCACCAACACCAUAACCUCAGAAGUUGACGCUUUCGGACUCAACAUAGACGUUAAUAAUUUUGACUUAGCUGACUUUAUAACCAAAGAUGACUUCGCGGUGAACCUGAACGCGUGUCGCAUGAAGCAGUCGACGGUUCCCAAGAAACCUGCUGCAGCUAAAAAUGCAUUACAUGCUCCAGCAUCUGGACAGCAUUCGAAGUCUCUGACUGCCAUGUCGAUUGACUCCGAAGGCGACGACGAUUCGAUCAUCGACGUGGAAACUAUCGAUGUAGUCGACGUGGACGAGUCAUUGUGGGCUGACCAAGCGGCUACACCUGCCGAUGACUUGUGCUAUACCGAUAAUGUUAAGGCAGACCCUUCCUGGUGUCCUUCAAAGGCUUCCAAGAAGCCAACGCCUAUUGCGAAAGAGCACAAAUCUCCUGAAGUGGAACCUACGGCUGCUCCCGUAGCACCUCCAGUGGCACCUGUGACCAAGCCGAAAACUGCAAAUAUUUGCUUGGUUCCCAGCAAGAAACAGUGCGAUUUUCUCAAGCGUAAAGUGGGAGUGACUACCGCCACCUCCAAAUCAAGCAAGGCGGCAACCAAAAAAGUUCAGGAGGCUUUAAAAUCAACAAGCAGCAAGCCGGCUGUGGGAAAACCAGUUAAGGCCACAGGCCUUGGCUUGGGUGGGAAAAACUUGGCGCUCCUAAAACAGCAGAGGGAAGUCGCUGCUUCGGUCAAAGAUGAGGUCAAGGAAUCAUCAUCACCAGCGGCGCCUUCGACCGUACUUACUCCUUUGCCGUUGCCGGCUGCGGUCCCCAAGCGAAAGCUCAAUCUGGAAGAGUACAAACAGCGCCGUUGUGGCGGCGUUUCUAUUCCCAGAUCGAAACCAACUCCACCGAAGCAGCUGAAACUGGACGCCGGCAUCAAAGUAUUGCCACCAGUUGCUAUUGAGAAACCCACACUACCUCCUUCUCCCCAGAAGACAGCCAUAGCAAAGAUUGUGAAUAGCCUGAAGUGUCCGAGCAAGGGGCCGGACGUCGUGCCGAUGGACCCAAUUACUGUUGCCAAGAACAAGGUCCUGCGAAUGCUGGAGAUGAAGCGGGCCCAACAGCUAAAAAUCAUAGAUUCCCGGGUAUCCGCAAAGGUGCCUCGCGUUACAAAGCUGCCGCCACUCAAGGACAUUGUAAAGGGCACUUACUGCAUGGAGGUGGAGCCUGCCGAUCCUCCAACUGCUGUGCCCAGCAACAAACUCCACCCGGACUACGAGGAGAUAAUUAUAGUAUCAGUUAGUAGUAACACAGACAUAACGAUUCCACCGAACCAGAUUAGUAAAGCCUCACCCCGUUCGCUCCUGAAGUCGUCGGUUCUUCUGUACAAUAUUUCUAAUGGCCAUGAUGCUGCUACGAGCAUGAACAACUCUCUGCUAGCCAGCAUACAAAGUGAGUUGGUGAAACAAACCGGCAGCACCAUUCCGCCCACUUUUCCAUCGAAAUCAGAUCCCGUCAAGAAUCCGGUCGACAAGAACGCCCAGCACGGCGAGGAUAUGAUCAUAAUGCACUUGCCCAAGGACCGUGUGCGCAAGACACUGGUAACCAUGGCGACUCAAACGGACUUUCAACCCGAAUUCCCCGUCUUGGGUCUGCCCAAGUCUGAGCGGAAGUCGCGGGAGCGCGUUAAACGAAAAUAUCGCAAAAGGCGUCGCGACUCGGCGUCCAAUGGCUCUAGUUCCUCCAGUGGUUCAUCUUCGGACUGCAGCAGUCUGGACUCUUACAGAAGUCGGUCGCGUUCCAAUUCGAUUGAACAGCUGCGCAACUUGGAGGCCUCGGCCGUAGGUGAGGGAAGCAGUAUUGGAAACUGCGGCUACUCCUCUCGCAGCACCCACCGCCAUCGCAGUUCGGUCAGCUCGUCCUCGUACUCGGAGGCGGGAGAACGCAGGCAACGUCGGACCAGCUACAAUAAACGGCGUGCCAAAAACCAGAAACCCAAAUCCUUUUCCAGCUCUGGCUCAGAGAAUAGCGACCACGAUGGCGGUCGGAGUCACAGUCCGCACCAUAGCCUGCAACGUCCGCAAACAAAGUCCGAUCCACGCUACCCCAACGAUGGCUGCCAGAACACCAACAUAAACAACAAUCGACGUGGAUUCAUGGAUCGCAACGUUUCACAGCCGGCUGUGGAGGAGCGGCGCAUAGUCUACGUUGGCCGAAUAGAACAAGAGACCACCAAAGAAAUGUUACGACGUAAAUUUCUGCCGUACGGAAGCAUUAAACAGAUAACAUUGCACUACAAGGAGAAUGGAAUGAAGUACGGCUUCGUGACGUACGAAAAGGCGCAGGACGCAUUCACAGCCAUUGACACAAGUCCUAGAGACUCACAAAUUAACAUGUAUGACAUUAGCUUUGGAGGACGACGUGCUUUUUGUCGCGCCUCCUAUGCUGACUUGGAUAAUGCUGGUAUCAACAACUACGACUCUUAUGUGUUCCCGAAGGAGGCGCCAGCACCCAAAGCUCGGGAUGAUUCGUUCGAGGCUCUGUUGUUGAGUGUUAAGGCUAAGCUAAACUCGGGAAAGGCUGCCACACCUGCCCCUGCGGAGGCCCAUCCGGUUGCACCAUCUGUACCUCAGGACGACCAUCGCAUGUGACAUUUUUGCAAAAUCAUAAAUGUUCUUAAAUUAUUUCUGAUAAUGUGAAGUUAGUGGCAAGCAUCCUACCCACAUGUAUACAAAUGACUUUGUAUAUUCCCCAUGCUGUUGCUAGCUGUACAGUUCAAAAGCCUGAUUAUUAUUCAUAAUUUAUCGUAAAAUAGUUGACAGAGCUAUGCGUUGCAAGCAAUAGAACUAGUUCCCUAGGACUAGGACCCAUUAUGGAAGCUAAAAACAAAACAAGAACUUGAAAAGAAAAUGGAAUUGUGAUAACCGCGUAAUGCAUACAAGUCAAAUAUUGCAUGUAAGUUAGCUGGAGAUCCAUAGACAUAGUUGAAUCCACUCAGAAAAGCUUUGUAACAGACUAUCUAACAAGCCAAUGGAACUGAAUUUAAUCAAACACAAAGAAUAAGUUGAAGCCACAACUACAAAAAUACAAAACCUAAAAGAACAGGAAGUUGAAAAGAAGUAACAAACGAAACAAAUGCAAACAAAUGAUGUAAAUUAGAAAUAUCCCAUAAAUUCAUAGUAUAUACCUGAGAUAGAAUGAAAGCCGCAUGCAGCAUGCGACGGAAACGAAUUAAACUGUUGAUAAUUAAACUUUGAUAUUAGUUUGUAAACAGAAUUUAUAUACGUACGUUUAUUUACUCGGUACCCUUUGAACAACAUCCACAAAACAGAACCAGAUGAAAUGCUGCCCCUAUCCUCUAGCUACUCUAGCCCUCCAAAACAGCGCCAAUCAAUCAAUAAUUUAGAAUUAUUUUGUUUUUUUUUUCCGAAGAAGUUACAACGCUCGGCUAGAGGGAACAAAAUUAUUUUUUAAUUUUAAUUGUUUUUCAAACUACUUACGUCUAGGCUUUUUCUAUUGUCAUAGUUAAUUUAGUUGGAAUUAAUUCAAAAUUAAUAAGUUUAAACAAGGUAGUGUUUUUAACAUGAAGUGCCGAUGAACACGUUGAAAAAUUGCUUAACAACUUAUUUGUAUCCUAUCCUAGACUCAACAAAAUGUAUUUUUAUUAGCAGCAACAAAUUGUUCUUUAAGUUCUUUUGUACUAUUCUCCUAUUUGAUAAUUUAAUAAAAAAUGUUUGCUUUUCCAAGCAAUAUGAAUUUCAA